AACAAAGCGUGAUGAAUCAAUUACCGACAUUUGUGAUGGAAAACUGAUCUACAAAGAAAGAUUUCAGAAAAAUGGCUUUUUCCAUGGCAGCACAGCAGAUCCAAAUCAGCUACAUAUUUCAGUCCAAAUGAACACAGAUGGAGUGUCAUUGUUUCAUUCGUCUUCAUUUAGCAUAUAGCCAGUGUACUUCAUCAUUAAUGAACUGCCUCCAAAUCUCAGAUUUUCAAGGAGCAACCAAAUUUUUGCAGGAUUAUGGUUCGGAUACAGCAAGCCAGACUUCAGUACAUUUUUGAAACCAUUUGCAGAAAGUCUUCAUGAUAUGUAUCUAUCAGGCCUUGUUGUGGAUAAUUUACAUAUCCGUGGCAUAUUGCUGAAUGCAGUACGUGUUUGAUUCCCCUGCAAGAUUUUUGUUCCAAAACAUGGUUCAGUUUAAUGGUUUUUGUGGCUGUCCAUACUGUUAUGCUCCAGGAAAGUCCGUCCAGACCAGUGAAAGAGGACAUACACUAACUUAUCCAUUUAACUACGAAAAUCCAAAUGGACACCAUGAACUUCGCACGCAUCUAUCUAAUACACAGGACGGUGAAGAAGCAGAACAAAAGAAAGCAAAUGGCGUUGGCAACAUUCGCGGUGUAAACGGACUUGGAUUUUCAACUAUUUACCAAACUUUGACAUUGUGAGAGGAGUGUCCGUGGAUUAUAUGCAUUGUGUUCUCCUAGGAGUGAUGAAAAUGCGAAUGACUUUGUGGUUGACGACAAGACACAUCGAAAUGAACAUUUCAGCAUUUCAACAAAGGCAAAAGAAGUGGAUGAACGUUUACUCAACAUGAAACCUCCAAAAUUCCUCACCAGUUUUCCUAGGUCUCUAACCGAAGUGUCCCAUUUUAAGGCAGCUGAACUGAAGAACUUUCUUCUUUACUACAGCUUACCAUGUCUAUUCGGUAUUUUGCCCAUGGAUCAGUUCAACCACUUCUCCCUGCUUGUCUACGCCAUUUAUAUUUUCCUGCAGCAGAACAUUACAGCCAAAGACAUUCUACAGUGUAGAAAAUUCCUCCUAGAAUUUGUGAUCAAUGUGCCUGUAAUGUAUGGCGAGAGAUACAUGACAUCAAAUGUCCAUUUACUCCUCCACCUUGCAGAUAAAGUAGAAGACUUGGGACCUCUUUGGUGCUCCUCCUGCUUCUACUUUGAGGACUUCAACGGCCAACUAAGAAGACUCUUUCAUGGCACACAGCAUAUAGAAACACAGAUUGCCUUCGCAGCAGGAGUCCACCAGAGUUUACCAAAAAUAGCACAAUCUUUAAAAGUUGGAAGUUGCGAGCAAGAUCUUUUUGAAAAGAUGAUGACAAAAAACAUUCAAAGAACAAGUGAAAACAUUACCGAAGCAGUGUCAGUUGUGGGAGCAUUCAGCUGCAGACCAUGCACAGAAGAGGAACUUGGAGCAAUCCAAAAUUCAGUUGGAAAUGUGAAAUCCGUAACAUUCUUCAAACGACUUUAUUUGAGGCAACAAAUAAUCCACAGUGUAAAUUAUCACGCUUCAUCAAGAAGGAACAACUCUGUGAUUAAACUUGAAAGUGGCUCUUUCGGACAAGUGCAGAACUUUGUUAAAGUCAUCCCUGUUUGCGCAUGUAUCCGUUGCAACUGCAGACCAGUGUUUAUGGCCUUUAUGAGAGAGAUGGACAGAGCUGAUGAUAUUCUUAUGGAGCAGCAGAGAUGUUCUGACACAAAUCACAUGGUACCAGUAAGAUCCCCAAAUGGACCUUUGCAGGCAGUGUUGGUGCAAGACAUUUCCGAUGUGUGCAUUUGUGUUAACAUUGAGGACAACUUAAGUUUCCUGUCCGCUGUUCCAAACAGGAUCGAAAAAGAAUAAAGAAAACCACAGCAGAGACAAUUUGUGACAAAUGAAGAAUGACUCUUAUAUUCCUACUUGAUCAAUAAUCAUGAGAAUAUAGAUUUUAAUGCCAAUUCAAAGUUUCAAAGAAUUUGAUGUAUCAAAAUUUUACUUUGAAGAUAUUUUGAACUGACUACUUAAUUUAUAAUUUGUAGAACAUUGGAAAAUAUAUUGAUUGUGCUUACCAAAAUAUAAUAAAUAUGAUGAAUGCUUAAACAAAAAUGUCAUUUGUAUUUGGAAGUAGCUGGCA